AUGGACCACAAAGCGGACAAUAAGGAAGUCCGAGAGGGAGAGGCGGUCGUCGUCUCCGAAGCGCCGCAAGAAGGCGAUCUGUACGAAAGGCGGCUGUCUGCAACAGAAUGGGCCAAAUACCGUCAAACCAAGAGAGGCCUUACACCCCGUCAUGUUCAGUUGAUGGGGCUCGGUGGGAGUAUAGGGACGGCUCUGUUCGUGGGCAUCGGCAGCAGUCUGAAGAAUGCCGGUCCGCUGUCGCUGGUUCUGGGCUACCUAUUCUGGGGUCUACUUUUCGUCUGGCCAGCCUAUCUACUCGUGGGCGAAAUGCUUGCAUGGCUGCCUCUCCGAGGCACCAUUUUCGAGCUGGGUGGUCGAUACGUGGACCCUGCCCUGGGAUUUGCCAUGGGAUGGACCUACUUCUUUGCUGGCGCAAUGCUCGUUUGCACCGAAUACGCCUCCGUCGCGACCGUCAUGACCUACUGGAACACCAGCGUGAAUGCUGCGGUGUGGGUAACCAUGGCACUGGUGGUCUGUGUCUUUUUCAACCUCGUGGCCGUCAGAUGGUACGGCGAAUCGGAAUUCAUCAUGGCCUCCACCAAGAUCCUCCUACUGAUGGGUUUGAUCCUCCUCACCUUCAUCACCAUGGUUGGGGGCAAUCCGAAACAUGACGCCUAUGGUUUCCGCUACUGGAAGCACGGCCUGGCCAUGCAUCCAUAUUACACCACUGGCACCACCGGACGCUUCCUCGGCUUCUGGAGCGUCGUACGAUAUGCGGCUUUCACAGUGGCUGGACCGGACUUGAUCGCUCUGGCGGCCGGCGAGAUCCAGAACCCGCGAAGGACCAUUCCCCGUGUCGCUCGUCUCGUCUUCUACCGGCUGGUGGGCUUUUACGUUGUGGGCGUCCUCUGCGUCGGGAUCAUCUGCUCGUCUCGAGAUCCUCGGCUGAUCAGCGCCAUCAGCGACGGGAAAGCCGGUUCGGCGGCUUCACCAUGGGUGUUGGGGAUUCAGAAUCUGGGCAUCACGGGCCUUCCCAGUUUCAUCAACGCCCUGAUCCUCCUGUCCGGCCUCUCGUGCGGCAACGCGUACCUCUACUCGACCAGCCGGACGCUCUACUCGCUCGCCCGAGACGGACACGCGCCCAAGUUCUUGAUGAAGUGCACCAAAUCGGGGAUCCCGACGUACUGUGUCCUCGUGGUGACGGUCAUCUCGCUGAUCACGUACCUGGUGGCCUCCAACUCGGCGGUGACGGUGUUCUUCUGGUUCAUCUCCAUCUGCACCAUCACCUUUGUGCUGACCUACACAUGCAUGAUCUGGACCUACCUGGGCUGGUACCGCGCGCUCAAGGCCCAAGGAAUCGACCGCAACACACUCCCCUACAAGGCGCCCUUUGCGCCCUACACGGCGUACAUGGCCAUCGUGGUCGGCUGCCUCAUCAUGCUGUUCAUCGGCUUCGACUGCUUCGUGCCGUGGAGCACGCAGGGCUUUGUCACGAGCUACUUUGGACUCGCCUUUGGGGUCUUUACCUUUUUGCUCUGGAAGAUUGUCAAGCGCACCAAGUGGGUGGACCCCAAGACGUGCGACAUUUGGAGCGGCAAGGCCGAGAUCGACGAGGAGUGCAGGAUCUGGGAGGAAGGCGGGUUCAACGAGGUCGAGAAGGCGAGGUUGGCCCAGAUGAACUUUGUGAGGAGGACGUGGGAGAAGAUGUGGUGA